AUGGCCGACUCUGAACCCAACCCAUUGAUUGUGUUCGCCACGAUUGCGGCCAUUAUUGGCUCUUUCGUGGCCUUGUAUUUUCUUCAGAAAACGAAGAAGGACGCUCCGGUUUUAUCGCCAGAAGAUUACAAGAAAUUUCCCUUGAUCGAGAAACACCGUGUUUCCCACAACUCUUGCGUGUACAAGUUUGGCUUGCCCAGAUCCACCGACAAGUUGAACUUGCCUAUUGGCCAGCAUAUCUCCAUUUCUGCUGUCAUCAACGGCAAGGAGGUGGUGAGAUCGUACACCCCAAUCUCCAACAACGACCAGUUGGGCUCGUUUGAUUUGUUGAUCAAGACCUACGAAAACGGUAACAUCUCCAAGCACGUCGAGUCCAAGAAGAUUGGCGAGUCGAUUGACAUCAGAGGCCCCAAGGGUUUUUUCACCUACACCCCCAACAUGACCAAGUCUUUUGGUAUGGUUGCAGGCGGUACCGGUAUCGCUCCAAUGUACCAGAUCUUGACUGCCGUCUUGAACAACCCUGAGGACAAGACCAAGAUCCACUUGGUUUACGCUAAUGUGUCUGAGGAGGACAUCUUGUUGAAGGCCGAGUUGGAGGAGUUGAGAAGAGAGAACCCCGACCAGUUCUUCAUCCACUACGUGUUGAACAACCCUCCUGAGAACUGGAACGGCUCUGUUGGUUUCGUCACACCUGAGAUCAUGGACGAGCACUUGCCAAAGAACACCGACGACACCAACUUGUUGAUCUGUGGUCCUCCAUUGAUGGUGUCUGCCAUCAAGAAGGCUGCUCAGACCUUGGGUUACCCUAAGGCCAAGCCUGUGUCUAAGUUGGGUGACCAGGUGUUUGUCUUUUAA